UUCAGAGGAAAGAAAGUAUAAAGAAAAAAAAAUCAAAUGUGAAUUUGGUGUUGCAUGUUUUGACGUUUUAAGACACCAAGUUUGACUUUGACCCACCGAUGCUUUGAACAGAUAUGAUGUCUAUUUAUGUAAAUUGACAGAGACCAGGCCUGAGGUAGUCCUUUACCUGGGGUCAUCGCCUCAUUCUCCGGCCGUUACUCCUCUCUCUGUCACCUUCUUCUCUCCUCAGGGUUCCAAGCAAAACUUGGUGCCUUUUUUCUUUUCGUUUCUGCUCAUUUUUCCAACGCCGGUGAAGGGUGGUGGCCAUGGAGAACAUAUAUAGCAAGCUACGAAAUUUGGAUGCAUACCCAAAAGUCAAUGAAGAUUUCUACAGCCGUACACUCUCCGGUGGCAUUAUCACCCUCGUUUCCUCUCUUGCCAUACUCCUUCUCUUCUUCUCCGAAUUCAGAUUAUACCUGCAUACCGUCACUGAGACGAAGCUAUUGGUGGAUACUUCAAGAGGAGAAACCCUACGCAUAAAUUUUGAUGUCACUUUUCCUGCUAUUCCAUGUUCGCUACUCAGUGUUGAUGCUAUGGAUAUCAGUGGAGAGCAACAUCUUGACAUAAAACAUGAUAUAAUUAAGAAAAGAAUCAAUUCCCAUGGUGAUGUGAUGGAAUCCAGGCAGGAUGGUCUUGGAGCACCAAAGAUUGAGAAACCUCUGCAAAGACAUGGUGGCAGGCUUGAACACAAUGAGACAUAUUGUGGUUCAUGUUUUGGUGCAGAACAGUCAGAUGAUGACUGUUGUAACUCAUGUGAAGAGGUUCAAGAGGCAUAUCGGCGAAAAGGGUGGGCAAUGACUAAUGUGGACUUGAUUGACCAGUGCAAAAGAGAAGGCUUUUUCCAAAAGAUAAAAAAUGAGGAUGGUGAAGGAUGCAAUAUUCAUGGAUCUCUUGAAGUUAAUAGAGUUGCUGGAAAUUUUCAUUUUGCACCAGGGAAAAGCUUUCAUCAUACAAAUUUUUUUCUUGAUGACUUGCUAGCUUUCCAGAAGGACAGUUAUAAUAUAAGUCACAGAAUUAAUAGGUUAGCUUUUGGUGAAUACUUCCCUGGUGUGGUAAAUCCUCUUGAUGGGGCACAGUGGAUACAUGAAACCUCAAAUGGUAUGUACCAGUAUUUCAUCAAGGUGGUCCCCACAAUAUAUACUAACAUCAGAGGCCGCACUGUUCACUCAAAUCAGUAUUCCGUGACGCAGCAUUUCAAGAACUUAGAGUUCAUUCACCUUAAUUCUCAUCCUGGAGUUUUCUUCUUCUAUGACUUUUCUCCAAUCAAGGUCACCUUUGAGGAGGAACAUAUUUCAUUUCUGCAUUUUAUCACCAAUAUAUGUGCAGUGAUUGGAGGUAUCUUCACAGUUGCGGGGAUAAUUGACUCAUUCGUAUAUUAUGGUCAAAGAAAGAUCAAGAAGAAGAUGGAAAUUGGCAAAUUCAGAUGAUAUUUCUGCAUAGUAUUCCAGGAUGCUGCCUUGGCUUCCAGCACCACAAUAUUUGGACGGUUGGAAUGAUAAAUUGAUCAUGCUUUUCACAGGGAUCCAUGCUGCUUUAUGCCAAAAGACUAUGUCACAAAUUGGUCGCCCAAUCAUUUCCCAAAUUGUCUGUUUUUCCUGAGUUCUUCCCUACUUUUACUUUCACUGAGAAACAGAAUGAAAAAUGGAAAUCCUUGCCUAGUUUAGAUAAUUGUAAUUUAAUGAACGUUGAUUUUUAGUUCAAAGUUUGAUCAACUCUUUUGUCAUUCUGCAGAAUCACGGGUUAAAACUGUAGGUGAGAAGAAUCUAUGUACUUGUAAUUUGUAAUUGGUUUUGGUCUUUUGAUUCUUAUUAAUGGGAAGUGCUUAUGGAUGUCA